AUGUCUGAUCAGUCAAAAUGCAACCCAUGUUGCCCAUCAAAGUGCAACCCAUGCUGCCCAUCAAAAUGCAACCCAUGCAGCCCACCAAAAUGCAACCCAUGCAGCCCACCAAAAUGCAACCCAUGCAGCCCACCAAAAUGCAAUCCAUGCUGUCCAUCAAAAUGCAACCAGUGCUGCCCAUCAAAAUGCAAUCAAUGCUGCAUUCAGGCCAGGUGCUGCUGUUUGGAGGCCAAGCCUGAGUCCACAUCCCUUAGUAAGGACUCUGCACCCAGUUCACCCCAAACUCAGAACAAAGACUCUCAAGCCCAGGAGCAACCCCAAAGUCCUCAAAGGGGACCUAAGUCAGGCCUGUUGGGGCAGAAGAGAUCAAACUAG